AACUUUGCACUGGUAUUCUCAUUUAUGUACCUUCUCCUAACAGACACAGAGGUUAACUGGACAUCUGGAAUGAUCUGUAAGUCAAAGAACACACAGAAAUGAUCAGAAAGAGCCAAGUCCUUAACAUCAACAGAAGAAAUGUGAACGCCUUUAGAGAUAAACCAGAUCCAGAGAUUGUGUUUGGCCCUUACACAUGUUGCAAGAGGCCAACAGUGUCAAGCCGUUCGGUCAGCCAGCUGUCACUAAGAGAGUAACACAUCUGGAUCAUGGGGAUUAUUUAGCAGGGUUACAGUUUUAAAACACAUUUACUAUUACACACUUUUUAGAGUACCAAACUAAACAGAGCAGAUGUGAGAGGGAAAGUAACUCACUGAUCCAUGAAGGCCUGAGUCGAGGACGAUGGAACAUGAUUCCUGCACACAGUGAAUGUAAAGUUGGCAGCGCUGCUGGGAGGCAGAGCUGCUGUGUGUCAUGCGCUGUGAAUGAUGCAAUCUGUGUAUCAAGUGGCUGCAGCUUCGUUCAACAGCUGAAACAAAAAGUGAAUCACCAAACUGAGACAAAGGUUGUGUGUUUACUGGGACUGUGCAGCAGCUUACUGCAUUAAUGGAUCAGGAUCUGACGGAUGGACACAGAUCAGCUGUUACACACAGACUCAUCAGCUGUGUGCAGGUAGAUCCAUGGACCGUGGAACGGCCAUCAUUUUGAAACAGGUGCAUGCUCAGAUUAACCCCUCUGAUCCCAAGCUAACACACACAUCUGGCCAAGACUGCUAACAAGCACAGAUGAAACUAGAACAAACAACAAAGUAGUCCCACUUGUUUCUCAUAAUGUGAGACUCUUAAAGUCUUUGAACCACUGAUACUGAACGGACCGUGUUCGCUGUGAUGACCCAGUCCUGGAGCAGGGUCGUGUGGUUGGUGUGGUUUAGUCAGAUCUCUGCAGCACUCACUUGUGCAGUGGCUGUGGGGAGCUUGUGUUGAAGCAGCCGGAGGAGAGCAACUAGCCGUGGUUUGGCAGUCAUGGAGCCGUUAUUCUCUGGAUGAUCCUGGUUUACAGUCUGAACUCAGUCAGCUGUGAGACGGAGGUCCAGGCUUAUAUCAGAGAUAAUGUCCUGCUGCCCUGCAUCUAUGACGGCACUCUGCCCGACUCCUUCAACAUUUACUGGAGGGACAAAAGCAACAACAAAGUCCUGGACAUCAAAAACAAAGCUGAGAACCUCCAAACACAACACAAGAACUUUAAGGGUCGGGUGGAAAGUUUCUCUGAUCAGUAUGUGAAGGGUAACUUCUCCAUCAUCCUGCGGGACGUCAAACAGGAAGACGCUGGUGGCUACGAGUGUAACAUCCGGAUCGGUGAUGGUUCGCAGCAAACCGUCAGACUCAACAUCACAGGUGAUCGUCCUAAAGCAGCAACGACUCCUCCAGGACCAGCAGGAGGCGCCGCUGCAGUGACACAAACCUCCAUCCAGCUGCUGCUCUGUCUCUGCUCCUCACUCAGUCUGCUGCUGUGAGCUGAGUGUAAACUGCAUCAGUAAUAUCCUUAAAUAGCUGCAGCUUCUGCUAGCUUCCACUGAUACAGAGUUAUGAAGUUUAAAAUGCAUUAUUUAUUAUUCCAGGAAUAAAUCAGCAUUAAUUUAACUUUGACCAACUUGCACUUAAUAUUACAGUAAUGAUUAAUGAAGACUUCUUAGAGGACAAAAAGUUUAUUUCAGGAAUAAAUCAGAAGCUUUAAAGUCCCAGAAGUCAUUAAAAAAGCACCAACAUUUGGUU